GUAUGUAUAAGUAGCGAAUGAUGAUAUCGUAUAGUACGAUCCCCACCCCUCGCAGUGCCUCAUGCCCCUUUCCUACUCCAGCAGCAGCAUAUAUAUUCCGUAUAGUCGUCAUAUACAAGCGCUUUCUGCGCGCGCGACUACGACGACGACGACGACGACGCUUUGUUCCGAAAGACUGACCAUAUGUGCGCAUUUCCAAUGUGCCAUAAUGUAAUCGCGCGUGUGUGCUUACUGCUCGCUCCUACAGCUUAUCCCACGAGCGAGUAGUGCAUUAUGUUGUAUGCUCCUUCUGCGCGCACGGCCUCGUGUAUCGCCCCCGUCCCUAGUCAAUUUUUUUUAGUCUUGCAUUCGAUACGCGCGAGUUGGAAAAAAGCUGCAGCUGGUCGCUGUGCUGUGGUGCAUCAUCGUCGUACAUCGUCCGCGAGACGGCAAGCUUCAUCGCCGAUCGUCGUUUUUCGGACGCAGCAGCGAAUUGUUUGAUUCCGAAAGCGGUACAUAUAUGUGAGCAGAAACAUUACACGCAUGAAAUGUGGCAGACCGGAGAUUGUUAAUGUAUACAAUAUAUAAGUGAUUCCAAAGCCAGUAUAAAAGAAGAAGAAAAAAAGGAGAAGAAGAAGAAGCAGAAACAUUGCGAGCUUGUGGUACAUACGCACAUAUACGACCGGAAGAUAUCAAGAAAAUUUCAUUCGGCAAUCAGCGAUAGAAUAUAUGAGUCAAUCAAGAUGAUCAGAAUAUAAACAGUGAGGUUACAUAGUAUGCAGAUUGUUUGGCUGCAUCAAGAAAAACAAUGUAUAUAUAGUAUACCGCUGAUAGUUAAUUGUCUUAUAGGAUCAACAACAAUCAAUUUCAAAGAGACAGCUCGAGGUUGUUGACACACACAGAGCAAUAACAAAAACAUCGUACAACAAUGUUUUUUUAUUUACACAUAAGACUGAUCAAGUUCAUCUGUCAAUCGGUUGCCUUUAUUUUGACAUGUUGGCUUUUUUUCAUGUGCCUUUAUCCACUAUUUAUUUGGAUUUUAUUCAAAGCUUUCUUUACCAAGUCCCUGCAAGCACACAGCAAAGACAAUGAUGAAAUCACCGUGGGCAUAUUUCAUCCUUAUUGUAAUGCAAGGUCUGGAGGAGAAAGAGUCUUGUGGUCUACUGUCAGAGCUUUGCAAUCUUACUACAAAAAUGUACACGUUUUCAUAUACACUGGAGAUUUAGACUAUGAUCGAGAGACUAUUUUAGCAAAUGUUGAAAAAGUGUUUGAUUUGAAGCUGCACAAUAAUAUAAAUAUUGUUUAUUUGCAUCGAAGGAAUUGGGUGGAAGCCAAGAGAUAUCCAUUUUGUACUUUGUUAGGACAAAGUUUAGGAUCCAUUUGGUUGGGAUGGGAGGCUUUAACGCUUUUUAAACCAGACAUUUAUAUUGAUACAAUGGGUUAUGCAUUUACUUACCCAUUGUUCAAAUAUUUUGGAGGCUGCAAAGUUGCUUCUUAUACCCAUUAUCCAAUAAUUUCAUCAGAUAUGUGCAAUCAGGUAUCUAAUGGUUCAGUCUCUGUUACUAAUUGUGAGUUAAUAGCUAAAAAUCCAUUUCUAUCUACUUUAAAAUUGGGUUACUACAAAGGCAUAGCAUUCUUAUACAGUUUAGCAGGCUGUAGUGCAGAUAUUGUAAUGGUAAAUUCUUCUUGGACUCAGGCACAUAUUAAUUCUAUAUGGAAUUGUCCAAAACGGACACAUCUAUUGUAUCCACCAUGUGACGUUGCAAAACUUAUUGAGCUACCUUUAGUAUCUGAUGAUAUAAAAAACCAGGAAAUCCGAAUAGUUUCUGUCAGUCAGUUUAGACCAGAAAAAAAUCACAAUCUUAUGAUUCAAGUAAUGGAAAAAUUAAAAUCUAUAGUUGAUGAUGAAACUUGGAGUAAAAUUCGAUUGAUAUUGGUAGGCUCUUGUAGAAAUCAAGUUGAUGAAGUUAAUGUUAACAAAUUGAAAAACUUAGCAAAAAAAGUUGAUGUAAAUGACAAUAUAGAAUUUAAAGUAAAUAUUCCAUACAAUGACUUGAUCCAAGAAUUACAAAAAGGGACUAUUGGUAUUCAUGCUAUGUGGAAUGAACAUUUUGGUAUAAGUGUUGUAGAUGGCUUAGCUGCUGGUCUUAUUAUGAUUGCUCAUUCUUCUGGUGGACCACUUGCAGAUAUUGUUAAUACAGAUACUUUGACCAGGAAUGGUUAUUUAGCUAAUGACAUAGAUGAAUAUGUUGAAAAAAUAAUCUCAAUUGUAAAUAUGCCUAUUAGAGAAAGAGAUUUAAUAAGAACAAACGCUAGGAUAUCUGUUGAUCGCUUUUCAACAGUUUGUUUUGAAAAAAAUUUAGCAAAAAUUGUUGAGCCAUUAUUUAAACAAAGUUAAAUAGAAGUCACUUAAACAAGAAUAUGUAUUUAAUUAGUUGCAAUAAACUAAAACAAAUUAUUUUUUUUAAAAAAAAAUAUAUUUAUAGAAUAUAUAUCUACAUAUAAUAUAAUAUGGUGAAGAUGACACUUGUAUAUAAAUAAACUAUACCUUGACUAAAUUUUUAGGUACUUAUACUUUCAAUAAUUCUUAAAAUAUAUGUACAAUACACUUUAAAAAAUUUAUCCCAACUUAAUGUAAAAAAAACACUUAAGAACUUUAACUUGUAAUAACUAUUAAGCAUAACGAUUGAUUUUUUGUACAACUUCCAUUUGAUAAUAUUCAUUGUUGAAUUUUUGUUAACUUACAGUUCAUUACAUAAU